AAGUCAGAGAACAGAUCAGAGAAGAUACUCUCUGAGAUCCACUGUUCAGCUCUGGCCUACGUUCUGCAGAUGUCAGAGGAGGUUCUGGAUGAGUUGGACGUGAAGAAGUACAACACAUCAGAGGAGGGACGACGGAGACUGAUCCCAGCUGUGGGGAACUGCAGAAAGGCUGUAUUGAGUUCCUGCGGUUUGUCAGAGAUCAGCUGUGCUUCUCUGGCCUCAGCUCUGAAGUCCAACCCCUCCCAUCUGAGACACCUGGAUCUGUGGGACAACAACAAGCUGCAGGAUUCAGGAGUGAAGCUGCUGUGUGGUUUUCUGGAGAGUCCACACUGUAGACUGGAGACUCUGAGAUUGAGUUCCUGCAGUUUGUCAGAGAUCAGCUGUGCUUCUCUGGCCUCAGCUCUGAAGUCCAACCCCUCGAAUCUGACACACCUGGACCUGGGGGACAACAAGCUGCAGGAUUCAGGAGUGAAGCUGCUGUGUGGUUCUCUGGAGAGUCCACACUGUAGACUGGAGACUCUGAGGUCAGUUCACUCUGUUACUGUUGUAGAUCGUACAGUGCAGCCGGAAAGUAUUCACAGGAUUAAAUUCUACACGACACCCCAUAAUGACAAUGUGAAAACAGUUUUUUAAAAUGUUUGCAAAUUUAUUAAAAAUCAAGAAAUCACAUGUACAUAAGUAUCCACAGCUUUUGCCAUAAAGCCCAAAACUGAGCUCAGGUGCUUUCUGCUUCCAUUGAUCAUCGUUGAAAUGUUUCUAGAGCUUAAUUGGAGUCCACCUGUGGUAAAUUCAGUUGAUUGGACAUGAUUUGGAAUGGCAUACGCCUGUCUAUAUAAGGUGCCACAGUUGACAGUGCAUGUCAGAGCACAAACCAAGCAUGAAGUAAAAGGAACUGUCUGUAGACCUCUGAGACAGGAUUGUCUCGAAGCACAAAUCUGGGGAAGGGUACAGAAAAAUUUCUUUGCUUUGAAGGUCUCAAUGUGCACAGUGGCCUCCAUCAUCCAUAAAUGUAAGAAGUUUGGAACCACCAGGACUCUUCCUAGAGCUGGACAGCUGUCUCAACUGAGCAAUCGAGGGAGAAGGGUCUUAGUCAGGGAGGUGAUCAAGAACCUGAUGGUCACUCUGUCAGAGCUCCAGUGUUACUCUGUGGAGAGAGGAGAACCUUCCAGAAGGACAACCAUCUCUGCAGCAAUCCACCAAUCAGGCCUGUAUGGUAGAGUGGCCAGGCAGAAGCCACUCCUUAGUUAAAAAGCACAUGGCAGUCUGCCUGGAGUUUGCCAAAAGGCACCUGAAGGACUCUGAGACCAUGAGAAACAAAAUUCUCUGGUCUGAUGAGACAAAGAUUGCAUACAUACUGAGUAUUUCUUGCUCCGUGCAGGACAAAGCAGCUGGCAAAUAAUUCUCUGUAUUUAACAAAACAGAAAUAAAGUUAACCAAGCUACAUAUACAUGCAGGUUAGAUGCAUCAA